CAGUGUGACCUUAAGGUAGAGCGGAACCCAAACCCUUGCACCAACUUCAAGACAUUGGAUUCUAGUAACCUAGCGUCGUGGUUAAAUUUAAUUAUUGCGCGCACGAUUGUAGUGUCGUUGAACCCAGUCUAUGCGUCGAGGGACAGGAGCGCGGAAGUUCAUUCCAGCCCAUUGCACUUCUUCAUAGUCGAUCUAUUUUGCUUCCUAGUUGGUUACUGCUAGCCAGACAGUGUGUCACAUACGCGAUUACGGUGCUAAGUGUUUUGAGGAACUCUGUGCGUAAUGGCUUGUGGAUAAGAACCGAACAAAGUUGCAGUUGCGUAAAUUAAACUAGCCUUGUCAAGCCAAAGAGACAUCUUCAGCUGUUGCAUAACGUCAAGCGAAAUGAAACGGUGAACUAGCAGCAACAGCAUGGCACCUUAGUUUUCUGAAACUACAUUUGGAAAUAGGAAACCUGCGUAAAAGCAAACGGACACAAUGAGGAGCCGCAGUAACUCCGGAGUAAAACUUGACAACUAUGCUCGGAUGGUUCAGCAAACCAUUCUCCGUCACCAGGACCCGGUGACGGGGCUGCUGCCGGGCAGCGGCGAGAUACCGCAUGCCUGGGUACGAGACAACGUAUACAGCAUCGUCUGUGUCUGGGCCCUGAGUCUGGCGUACCGCAAGAACGCCGACCGCGAUGAGGACAAAGCUAAGGCUUUUGAGCUGGAGCAGAGUGUCGUGAAGCUGAUGAGAGGAGUACUACAAUGCAUCAUGAGGCAGUUGGAUAAAAUUGAGAAGUUCAAGUACAGCACCAGCACAAAAGACUCCCUGCAUGCCAAGUAUAACCCCCAUACGUGUGCCACCGUAUGUGGGGACGAUGAGUGGGGCCACCUGCAGGUGGAUGCCACCUCCCUCUUCCUGCUCUACCUGGCACAGAUGACCGCCUCAGGACUUCAUAUUAUUUACACUCAAGAUGAGGUGGAUAUUAUCCAGAAUCUGAUGUUCUACAUUGAGACUGCAUACAAAGUGGCAGAUUACGGCAUGUGGGAACGAGGUGACAAGACCAACCAGGGCAUCGCUGAGCUCAACGCCAGCUCUAUUGGAACUGCCAAAGCUGCUCUAGAGGCACUAGAUGACCUGAACCUAUUUGGGGCCAAAGGAGGCCCAGGGGCUGUUGUCCACGCACUACCAGAUGACAUCCAGAACUGCCAGUCCAUCCUUAACUCCUUGCUGCCCCGAGCUUCAACAUCCAAGGAAGUGGACGCAGGUGUCCUGUCCAUCAUCUCUUACCCUGCUUUCGCAGUGGAGGACAUAGAAAUCGUCAACCUCACUAAAGAGGAGAUCAUCUCCAAGCUGCAGGGACGGUAUGGUUGUUGCAGGUUCCUCAGAGACGGCCACAAAACACCUAAAGAGGACCCAAAUCGCCUGUAUUAUGAAUCUGCUGAGCUGAAGCUUUUUGAGAAUAUAGAGUGCGAAUGGCCUCUCUUUUGGACCUACCUAAUCCUAGACGGCAUCUUUAUUAAGAGCCCUGAACAGGUGCAGGAGUAUCGGGAGGCUCUAGAUGGUAUUCUUAUUAAGCGACAAGAUGGUAUUCGUUUGGUUCCUGAACUGUACAGUGUUCCAGCAGAUAAAGUAGAUGAGGAGUAUGUAAACCCUCACACUGUGGAAAGAGUCGCUAUGGGAAAAUUGCCUAUAAAAUGGGGCCAGUCUCUUUACAUUUUGGGAAGCCUCAUGGCUGAGGGUUUCCUGGCUCCUGGAGAAAUUGAUCCCCUGAAUCGCCGCUUUGCCACCAUCCCCAAACCAGAUGUUGUUGUGCAAGUUUCCAUCGUGGCAGAGACAGAGGAGAUCAAGGACCUGCUGGUGAAGAAUGGCAUUGAGGUGGAGACGGUGUCCGACAUCCACCCGAUUCGGGUGCAGCCCUCCAGGGUCCUCAGCCACAUAUAUGCAAGGCUUGGACGAAACAACAGACUGGGCCUGACUGGUAGACCGUAUCGCAGGAUCGGAGUGCUGGGAACCUCGAAACUCUACAUUAUACGCAACACCAUCUUCACAUUCACUCCUCAGUUCAUUGACCAUCAGCAGUUCUACCUGGCCUUGGACAACAGGAUGAUUGUGGACAUGCUCCGUACUGACUUGUCUUACUUGUCAUCCCACUGGAGGAUGACCGGGCGGCCCACAGUCACCUUCCCCAUCUCACAGACCAUGCUCACUGAAGACCACAGUGAUCUAGAUCCAGCCGUUCUUGCAACACUCAAGAAACUCCAGGAUGGGUAUUAUGGCGGAGCGAGGAUACAGACUGGAAAGUUAUCAGAGUUCAUGACCACUUCCUGCUUUUCCCACCUGAGUUUCAUGGACAGUGGUAAGGUGCGGGCCAGUGAAAUGGCCUGGGAUGAAGAUGAUGAGGAGGAGGAGGAGGACAACAGGGACUGCUUUGAUGAACAGUCUGUGCAUGAGUACAACUUUGAUGAUGAGACAGACGACCUGGCUCAAUAUCUGGAUCACCUCUUGGCUACUUCAGUUCCCCGGCGAGCGAAUCCAGCCGCUCCCAAACUGAAGGGGCUGAGCCGUUUUAAAGCGGCAGCCUCAAAGACGAGAGAUAUGGUCGUACUAAUGCGUCAAGCAAAAGAACUCCAGAUUCAUGAUUUCCACAUGUACCUCCCCUCGAAGCUCUUCCGCUCCCCUCAGCCUUCCCUGCACCUUAGAGAUUCUAUGACUCAGGGUCCUGAGCUGUUAAUGACGGCCGCCGAGAACCUGCCCCGGAAUGCAGCGGGUGCCGUGGACUACGAUGCUCUGGCUCGGCUUCUCUCCGAAACCCACAACCUGCAAGACCAGGCCGACAUUUUAUAUAUUCUCUUCAAAGACAAAGGGAUGGAUUGGGACACGCAGCUGCAUGGUAAGGGUACCACGGUGCGGCGUCUGCUCCUGGAGCUCUAUGAGAAGGCAGGCGACAUGCGCCAGUGGGGACUCAUCCGCAUGAUCUCGGGCAUGCUCCGCAAGAAAGUGGAGGAGCUAGACUGGGCUUGUACUGACCUGCUGGCGCAUCAGAAGCACCUGACCGUGGGACUACCUCCCGAGCCCCGGGAGAGGACUAUCUCUGCGCCCAUGCCACCAGAUGAGCUGGUGCGACUUAUUGACAAGGCCAGCGAGAGCAACCUCACCAUCGCCAUCCUCACUCAGGAGAUCAUGGUGUACUUGGCCAUGAACAUCCGGACUCAGCCGGCACUGUUCAGCGAGAUGUUCCGCCUCCGCAUCGGCCUCAUCAUCCAGGUCAUGGCCACCGAGCUGGCACAGUCCCUCAACUGCUCUGGUGAGGAGGCCACGGACAGCCUCAUGAGUCUCAGUCCAGCAGAGUUGAAGACUUUGUUGCAUCACAUUCUGAGUGGCAAAGAGUUUGGCGUGCAGAAAAGUGUUCGCGCUGUAGAAUCAGGUGCUAGUCCUGCCAUUUCUAUCCAUGAAAUGGGCAACGUGGGUGCAACAAAAAGCGAGAGAGCUGGCAUCAGCAAGCUCAAAACCGACAUUAAGAUGGGCCAGCAUUCACAGCAUCAAGACGCUGCUGAGCUUUCGGUAUCAGCCGGGAAAAGUCAAAGUCGCUUUCCGUCCAUUGAGUGUUUCGAUGGGACGGGGGCGUCCACUAAAGACAGUCGCCAAGGCCAGUGGCUGCGCAGGAGAAGGCUGGAUGGGGCACUCAACAGAGUCCCCGUGGGCUUCUACCAGAAAGUCUGGAAGAUCCUUCAGAAGUGCCAUGGCCUCUCAAUCGAGGGAUUUGUGCUCCCAUCCUCAACUACAAGAGAGAUGACCCCGGGAGAGAUCAAGUUUGCGGUGCACGUGGAGACAGUCCUGAACCGCGUGCCGCAGCCGGAGUACCGCCAGCUGCUGGUGGAGGCCAUCCUGGUGCUCACCAUGCUGGCCGACGUGGAGAUCCAGAGCAUCGGCAGCAUCAUCCAUGUGGAGAAGAUCGUGCACAUGGCCAACGACAUGUUCUACAAGGAUCAGAAAGAUCUGGGCGCGGAGGAUCAUAUUCUGGAAAAAGAGCCAGCUACGGGCAUUUGCAGGCAGCUGUAUGACAGCGCCCCAAGUGGCCUUUAUGGUAGUAUGACAUACCUCACCAAGGCAGUGGCCAUCUACGUUCAGGAAUUCCUUCCAACAGGGUCCUGUGCAUUUCAGUAACUCUCCCGUCAUGUUUUUUGUUUGUUUUUUUGUUUUUUUAAAGAUGGAUCGACCGGUAGCUUUCUGCCAGGUAGCUGUGUAGUUGCAGUUAUGACUUUUAGAUGUCUGUGGAAUUAAUUUUAGUAAAUGCUUGCAUCGAGCAUCUCUGAAGGUGGAAUUAGUGAAACAGUUUUGGAGAUUAGGAAAAAAGUUCUUACCUUUGUUAUUAGGAUGAUGUGUGUUACAUUACAUUGCAUUUGGCAUAUGCUUUUAUCCUGGCUACUUCAUCAUGGCUACUUAUACCACUAGAGGUAGUGUGGGAACUACGGAAUAAAAAGGGAAUGUUAUUACACAAACAUUACACAGUGUGUGGAACUAAUGAAAAUGUCAGGGUGGUUUAUGCUAGCCUAUAUACUAGCAUAUUUUAAGGAAUUGCAUGUGUGUUAGGGCAUUUGUGUUACAGCACGAGACUGUUGACUGUUGUGUGAUCACCUGAUUUUUUUUUUUAAAAAAUCAAAGAAACUUAAGAAUGCAUGAGCCCUCGCAGUUCAGCACUUUAAAUAACUGUUCACCACAGGAAUUACUAAGUUUAUUUAUUAAAAUAUUUUUAGAGUGCAGAGAGAACAAAAACAAAACUUACGGAACCUCACUGAAGAAAAAAAAACCCACUGUGUUUCAUUUACCUCUGUACAACUGUAGUGUGGUUAUAUUUUGCUGUGUUUAUUAAGUGCUUAUUAAAGAAGAACUACUUACAUAAAUG